UGGAGUUUGUUUAUGUUAUCAAGUUCGUUACUAAGUGCGAUAAAUCUUUGCUUAUCCGCGAAACCAAAACAAAUUGCGGUAUUACGCAUAGCCACAAAGUGUUUAAAAGGAGUAAACUCGGCAUUUUUUAAUAUUCAAGCUUCCAAGAUGACUGCACUAAAAAUUAUAUACUUUAUAAAUUGCGGAUUAAUGGUAUUAGGUAUAGUUUUGGCUGUGUUAUCGACAGCUGGAAACUAUUGGGAAAAAAUUUCUUCAACAAGCACUUUAAUACAUGUGGGAUUAUGGAAAAUUUGUGGAAAACCGUUAUCAACUUCAUAUUGUGCGGACAGGGACAAAACUGAUGCCCUAAUUGCUACAGAAGCAUUUAUGAUAGCCGGUUGCGUGACAUACUUACUCGGUUUUGUAUACAACGGUCUACUUUUUCUAAAAAAGAACUGGAGUAAUAAAAUCUCAGCUGUUCUACUUAUUGUAACAGCUUUGUGUUUGGUGGUAGGAUUGGGUGUGUAUACAAAUAAAGUUAGCGAAAAAGAUGCUUCUUUUGGUUGGUCUUAUAUAAUAGGAUGGUGCUCAGCAGGAGUUUCGGUUUUAUCUACAAUCCUUUGUUUCACUCAACAAAUGGAAUACGCAUCAAUAUAGCAUGAGCAAAAAAAAAAAUUUGUAACUUUUUUUUUUACUUAUCUUUUUCUUUAGCAAAAUAAAUAAAAUUUAUUUAGAUUUUAACAUAGAUAAAUAAUUGUAACCGUUGUUAUUUCUUAUUAAUUCUUUGUAAACAUUUUUAAAAUGUAUAAUAUAUCAACCAAUGUUAAAAAAUAAUAAUAUUUCAAAAAUGUUGUCGUAUUUAAAGUCAUUAAACAAUAGACUGUAAAAUAAAACAAUAAACAAUAAUGUAAACACAAUAAUAA